AUGGACGUGGGCGCCGAUGAGUUCGAGCAGAGCCUUCCUCUGUUGCAGGAGCUCGUCCUGGGCGCGGACUUCGUGGGUCUAGACAUAGAGUUCACUGGCCUUCGUUCUAACCUGUCCGGGCCCCAGCAGAUCAGUCUGUUUGACUUGCCAUCAGAGUGGUAUCUAAAGACCCGUCAGAGUGUUCAGCAGUUCACCAUCUGUCAGAUUGGAUUGUCUAUGUUUUCCAGUGUUGAAGGCGAGUCAAACAAGUAUGUAGCCCAUUCGUGUAACUUCUUUCUCUUCCCUACAACGUUUGGGAUUUUGGAUUCAGAGUUCUCUUUCCAGGCUUCUAGUGUUCAGUUUUUGAAUCAGUAUGGCUUCGAUUAUAACAAGUUUCUCAAAAAUGGAAUCCCAUAUAUGAACGAAGAACAGGAGAAGAAAAUUAAACACAGCAUCCUGACUGGGAACUGGAGAGUUCGCAGUUCUCUGGAUAAAGACCAGAUCAAGGUGGUGAUUGACAAGGUGACACGCUGGCUGGACCUGGCAGAGGAAGGCGACUGGAUGACCCUCCCUGGUAUCACCGGCUUCCAGGCCUUCGAGGUCCAGCUUGUGCUGAGGAAGGCCCUCCCUGACAUCUGGACGGUGAUGAGAGACCAGGGGGUGACAGUGAAGAAAGUGAGUAAACAGCAUCGCUGGUAUCUUGAGAACACCUCUUGCGAUCGAGAGAGCUGUUGGAAGGAGAAGAUUCUUCUCUCUGCGAGGGGUUUUUCUGUGUUUUUCCAGAUGCUGGUGAAAGCCCAGAAGCCCUUAGUGGGACAUAAUAUGAUGAUGGAUCUGCUGCAUCUCCAUGAGAAGUUCUUCAGACCUCUCCCAGAAAGCUAUGAUGAAUUUAAGCUGAAUAUCCACAGCCUAUUUCCUGUUCUUAUUGACACCAAAAAUGUGACAAAGGAUAUCUGGAAGGAAGUGAAUUUCCCAAGGGUUUCAAAUCUUUCAGAAGUUUAUGAAGUCCUAAACAG